AUGAUCUUAUAAAACACAUUUGACUCAUAAUUUGAAAAGAAAUAAAAAGAGAAAAAGCAAUUUAUUAGAAUCAUGACAAGAACAUUUUUAUAAAUUCUUCAAGUAGUAAACUUUUAAUCAAGAAUUUCAUAUAAGUAUAAUUUAGUAAAAAUUCAUCAAUAUUCGAAAUAUAUUCAUAAGAGAAAUUAAUAGAGUGAGAUAUCAGGAUAGUUGGUAAAAUAUUGGUUGUAAAAAAAGGAAUUGAGUUUAGAAAAAAUUUAAAAAUUAAUAAUCAGAAAAUUUAUAGAGAACAGAGAUAAGUAAAUACUAGUUUAUUAGAAAAGCAAAAAGUAUUGUUUUACUAAUAAUUUAAAAAAUCUUGAAGAUGUUGUAACUAAUAAUAAUCAAGGUAAAAUUUAAUUGAAAAUAAAAAUAGCAUACACAUUAUAUAAAUUAAAUCGAUAUGAAGAAGCACUAGAAUAUUAUGAUUAUGCAAUUUUAGAAAAACCUCAAGACGAUAUUGGUUAUCAUUACAAAGGUAAAUUUAAUCGAGAAUAAAAUAUAGGAAUUACGUUAUAUAAAUUAAACCGAUUUGAAGAAGCAUUAUAAUAUUAUGAUUAUGCAAUUUUAAAAAAACCUCAGGACGAUGUUGCUUAUAAUUAUAAAGGUAAAAUUUAUUAGUGAAUAAAAUAUAGGAUUUACAUUAUUUAAGUUAAACCGAUUAGAAGAAGCAUUAUAAUAUUAUGAUUAUGCAAUUUAAAAAAACCCCAAAAAUGCUCAAACUUACAAUAAUAAAGGUAAAAAAUAAUCAAUAAUAAAAUAUAGGAAUUGCAUUAAAUGAAUUAAAUCGAGUUGAAGAAGCAUUAUAAAAUUAUGAUAAUGCAAUUAAAAUAAGCCCUGAUUAUUACCUAGCUUUGAUGAAUAAAGGUAAAAUUUAAUACAAAAUAUAGGAACUAUAUUAUUUAAGUUAAGCCGAUUUGAAGAAGCAUUAUAACAUUAUGAUUAUGCAAUUUAAAAAAAUCCUGAGAAUUCCAAUCCUUUUUAUUAUAAAGGUAAUAUUAUUAAUAAAUAAAAUAUAGCCAAUAUGUUAGUGAAAUUAAAUCGAUUUUAAGAAGCAUUAGAUUAUUAUGAUUAUGCAAUUUAAAAAAACCCUGAUGAUUUUAAUAUAUUAUUGGAGAAAGGUAACAUUAUACAAUAAAUUAUAGCGAAUACAUUAUAAAAAUUAAAUAGGUUUGAAGAAGCACUAUAAUAUUAUGAUUAUGCAAUUCAAAAAAACCCUGAAAUAGCUAAAACUUAUCAUAAUAAAGGUAAAAAAAUUAGACAAUAAACUAUAGCAAGUGCACUAUAAACAUUAAAUCGAUUUGAAGAGGCAUUAUAGUUUUAUAAUUAUGCAAUUUAAAAAAAUCCUGAAGAUUUUAAUGCAUUAUUGGAGAAAGGUAAAAUUAUACAAUAAAUAAUAGCGAAUACAUUAUAAAAAUUAAAUAGAUUUCAAGAUGCAUUAUAAUUUUAUCAUUAUGCAAUUUAAAAAAAUCCUGAAGAAUUUAUUGCUUAUAAUAACAUAGCGAAUACAUUAUAAAUAUUAAAUAGACUUGAAGAAGCAUUAGAAUAUUAUGAUCAUGCGAUUAAAAAAAAUCCUGAAGAUUCCAAUCCAUUCUUAAAUAAAGGUAAAACUUAUUCUAUAAUGAAAUCUAGCCAAUACAUUAGAUUAAUUAAAUCGAUUUGAAGAAGCAUUAGAAUAUUAUGAUUAUGCAAUUUAAAAAAAUCCUAAUCAUUCCUAUCCUUUUUAUUAUAAAGGUAAUAAUAUUAAAAAAUGAAUUAUAGCCAAUACGUUAGUUAAAUUAAAUCGAUUUUAAGAAGCAUUAGAUUAUUAUGAUUAUGCAAUUUAAAAAAAUCCUGAAGAUUCCAAUCCAUUCUUAAAUAAAGGUAAAACUUAUUAUAUAAUGAAAUAUAGCGAAUACAUUAUAUUAAUUAAAUCGAUUUGAAGAAGCAUUAGAAUAUUAUGAUUAUGCAAUUUAAAAAAAUCCUAAUCAUUCCUAUCCUUUUUAUUAUAAAGGUAAUAAUAUUAAAAAAUGAAUUAUAGCCAAUACGUUAGUUAAAUUAAAUCGAUUUUAAGAAGCAUUAGAUUAUUAUGAUUAUGCAAUUUAAAAAAAUCCUGAAGAUUCCAAUCCAUUCUUAAAUAAAGGUAAAACUUAUUAUAUAAUGAAAUAUAGCGAAUACAUUAUAUUAAUUAAAUCGAUUUGAAGAAGCAUUAGAAUAUUAUGAUUAUGCAAUUUAAAAAAAUCCUAAUCAUUCCUAUCCUUUUUAUUAUAAAGGUAAUAAUAUUAAAAAAUGAAUUAUAGCCAAUACGUUAGUUAAAUUAAAUCGAUUUUAAGAAGCAUUAGAUUAUUAUGAUUAUGCAAUUUAAAAAAAUCCUGAAGAUUCCAAUCCAUUCUUAAAUAAAGGUAAAACUUAUUCUAUAAUGAAAUCUAGCCAAUACAUUAGAUUAAUUAAAUCGAUUUGAAGAAGCAUUAUAAUAUUAUGAUUAUGCAAUUUAAAAAAAUCCUAAUCAUUCCAAUCCUUUUUAUUAUAAAGGUAAUAUUAUUAAAAAAUGAAAUAUAGCUAAUACUUUAGAUAAAUUAAAUCGAUUUUAAGAAGCAUUAGAUUAUUAUGAUUAAGCAAUUUAAAAAAAUCCUGAAGAUUUUUGUGCAUUUAUAGAGAAAGGUAAAAUUAUACAAUAAAUAAUAGCGAAUACAUUAUAUUAAUUAAAUAGAUUUGAAGAAUCAUUAGAAUAUUAUGAUCAUGCAAUUUAAAAAAAUCCUGAAAAUGCUAAUAUUUAUAAUAAUAAAGGUAUCAUUAAAUCUAAAAUAAAAUAUAGCAUGUGUAUAUUAUAUGUUAAAUAGAUUUGAAGAAUCAUUAGAAUAUUAUGACCAUGCAAUUUAUAAAAAUCCUGAAGAUGCUAAAAUUUAUAAUAAUAAAGGUAUCAUUAAAUCUAAAAUAAAAUAUAGCAUGUGCAUUAUUUAUGUUAAAUAGAUUUGAGGAAGCAUCAUAAUAUUGUGAUUAGGCAUUUUAAAUGAAUCCUGAAAAUGCUCAUUAUUAUCAUAAUAAAAGUAAAAUUUAAUCAAGGAUAAAAUCUAGUAAUCACAUUACAUAAGUUAAAUCGAUUUGAAGAAGCAUUAUAUUGUUGCGAUAAUGAAAUCGAAAAAAAUCCUGAGGAUUCCAAUCCAUUCUUAAAUAAAGGUAAAACUUAUUAUAUAAUGAAAUAUAGCGAAUACAUUAGAUUAAUUAAAUCGAUUUGAAGAAGCAUUAUAAUAUUAUGAUUAUGCAAUUUAAAAAAAUCCUAAUCAUUCCAAUCCUUUUUAUUAUAAAGGUAAUAUUAUUAAAAAAUGAAAUAUAGCUAAUACUUUAGAUAAAUUAAAUCGAUUUUAAGAAGCAUUAGAUUAUUAUGAUUAAGCAAUUUAAAAAAAUCCUGAAGAUUUUUGUGCAUUUAUAGAGAAAGGUAAAAUUAUACAAUAAAUAAUAGCGAAUACAUUAUAUUAAUUAAAUAGAUUUGAAGAAUCAUUAGAAUAUUAUGAUCAUGCAAUUUAAAAAAAUCCUGAAAAUGCUAAUAUUUAUAAUAAUAAAGGUAUCAUUAAAUCUAAAAUAAAAUAUAGCAUGUGUAUAUUAUAUGUUAAAUAGAUUUGAAGAAUCAUUAGAAUAUUAUGACCAUGCAAUUUAUAAAAAUCCUGAAGAUGCUAAAAUUUAUAAUAAUAAAGGUAUCAUUAAAUCUAAAAUAAAAUAUAGCAUGUGCAUUAUUUAUGUUAAAUAGAUUUGAGGAAGCAUCAUAAUAUUGUGAUUAGGCAUUUUAAAUGAAUCCUGAAAAUGCUCAUUAUUAUCAUAAUAAAAGUAAAAUUUAAUCAAGGAUAAAAUCUAGUAAUCACAUUACAUAAGUUAAAUCGAUUUGAAGAAGCAUUAUAUUGUUGCGAUAAUGAAAUCGAAAAAAAUCCUGAGGAUUCCAAUCCAUUCUUAAAUAAAGGUAAAACUUAUUAUAUAAUGAAAUAUAGCGAAUACAUUAUAUUAAUUAAAUCGAUUUGAAGAAGCAUUAGAUUAUUAUGAUUAUGCAAUUUAAAAAAAUCCUGAAGAUUCCAAUCCAUUCUUAAAUAAAGGUAAAACUUAUUAUAUAAUGAAAUAUAGCGAAUACAUUAUAUUAAUUAAAUCGAUUUGAAGAAGCAUUAGAUUAUUAUGAUUAUGCAAUUUAAAAAAAUCCUGAAGAUUCCAAUCCAUUCUUAAAUAAAGGUAAAACUUAUUAUAUAAUGAAAUAUAGCGAAUACAUUAUAUUAAUUAAAUCGAUUUGAAGAAGCAUUAGAUUAUUAUGAUUAUGCAAUUUAAAAAAAUCCUGAAGAUUCCAAUCCAUUCUUAAAUAAAGGUAAAACUUAUUAUAUAAUGAAAUAUAGCGAAUACAUUAUAUUAAUUAAAUCGAUUUGAAGAAGCAUUAGAUUAUUAUGAUUAUGCAAUUUAAAAAAAUCCUGAAGAUUCCAAUCCAUUCUUAAAUAAAGGUAAAACUUAUUAUAUAAUGAAAUAUAGCGAAUACAUUAUAUUAAUUAAAUCGAUUUUAAGAAGCAUUAGAUUAUUAUGAUUAUGCAAUUUAAAAAAAUCCUGAAGAUUCCAAUCCAUUCUUAAAUAAAGGUAAAACUUAUUAUAUAAUGAAAUCUAGCCAAUACAUUAAAUUAAUUAUAUCGAUUUGAAGAAGCAUUAGAUUAUUAUGAUUAAGCAAUUUAAAAAAAUCCCGAGGAUUUCAAUCCUUUUAUUUAUAGAGGUAAAAUUCUAAAAGAAUGAAAUAUAGCGAAUACAUUAUAUUAAUUAAAUCGAUUUGAAGAAGCAUUAGAAUAUUAUGAUCAUGCAAUUUUGAAAAGUCCCCAGUGUUGUUACCUAGCUUUUGUAAAUAAAGGUGUAAUUAUAAUCGUAAAUACCCUAUAGCACUAACAUUAAUAAAGUUAAAUCGAUUUGAAGAAGCAUUAUAUUACAUCAAUUCAGCAAUUUAAAGUAAUCCUGAAGAUUUUACAGCAUUUUCCCAUAAAGGUAAAUUUAAAUAAAUAUUACAAUUAAGCAAUUGCAUUGUAUUGCUUAAAUAAAUUUGAAGAAGCAUUAGAAUAUUUUGAUUAUGCAAUUUAAAUAAUUCCUGGAGAUUUCCCUCUUUUAUUAAAUAGAGGUAAAACUUUUUUAAAUUGAAUAAUAGCAAAUGCACUAUAUAAAUUAGGUCGAUUUGUAGAUGCCUUAUAAUAUUAUGAUUAUGCAAUUUAAUAAAAUCCUGAAGAUUUCAAUCCUUUUUUAAAUAAAGGUAAAACUAUUUAAAAUUGAAUAUAGCAAAUGCACUAUAUAAAUUAAAUCGAUUUGAGGAAGCAUUAGAAUAUUAUGAUUAUGCAAUUUAAAAAAAUCCUAAAAAUUAUAGAGCCUGUUAUAAUAAAUGUAAAAGUUAUUUAAUUUUCUAAUAUAGCAUUUUUAUUAAAUUACUUAAAUAGAUUUGAAGAAGCAAAAUAUUAUUAUUAUUAAGCAAUUCAAAAUAAACUUUAAGAUGAUUAAAGAGAUAAGUUCAUUAAUGAUUCAUAAUAUGAAUCAAUUCAAAUUAAUUGA